CGGAGCGCUCUUUUACCGGCUGCGGGUGGAUGUUAGCCGGCACGGCACGGAUCGGAUCUGCAGAGGAGUGACAUUACGCGGGACUAGAACCGGACCAGAGUCUGCACCGGGACCGGACUGUGAAAAGACGAACGGCCGCGUGCGAGGGCGCGCGCGUCCCCAUGAGUGAAUGGAUGAAUGACAGAGAUGGACCGGAAACGACUGAGUCAGGUUCUGUGGGUGUGGAUGUUCCUCAGUAGAGUUUCUUCAGUCCAGUUCACCUGUGAAACGCUGAUUUUGCUUUCGACCAACCUGACAGUGAGGACAUUGGCCUUCCUGAACCAAACGCUGACCGUGGGGAACACCUCAGGCGUGUUCUGCGACCUGUCCGUGGACGGCAUCGGAACCUGUUGGCCACGAAGCGCCGCAGGAGAACUGGUGUCCAGACCCUGCCCCGAGCAGUUCAACGGGAUCCACUACAACACCAGCAAUCAGGUCUACAGACAGUGUCAGUCCAACGGCAGCUGGGCCGCUCGAGGGAACUACAGCCAGUGCACCGAGAUCAUCAUCCUGCGGAAGUCGAAGCUUCAUUACCAGGUGGCGCUCAGCGUUAAUUAUCUGGGUCACUGUGUUUCACUGGGAGCUCUGCUGUUGGCCUUCACUGUGUUUAUGAGACUGAGGAGCAUCCGCUGUCUGAGGAACAUCAUCCACUGGAACCUGAUCUCUGCCUUCAUCCUGAGGAACACCACCUGGUUCAUGGUCCAGUUCACCAUGAACCCUGCCGUUACCGAGGGCAACCAGGUGUGGUGCCGGCUGGUCACGUCUGCCUAUAACUACUUCCAUGUGACGAACUUCUUCUGGAUGUUCGGUGAAGGCUGUUACCUGCACACGGCCGUGGUCCUCACAUACUCCACUGACAAACUCAGGAAGUGGAUGUUCAUCGCUAUUGGCUGGGGUAUCCCUUUUCCCAUUAUCGUUGCCUGGGCGUUUGGGAAACUCUACUAUGACAAUGAAAAAUGCUGGUUUGGAAAGAGGGCGGGAGUUUAUACAGACUACAUCUACCAAGGUCCCAUGAUCCUGGUCCUGCUGAUUAACUUUGUCUUCCUGUUCAACAUUGUCCGAAUCCUGAUGACCAAACUGAGGGCAUCGACCACCUCCGAGACCAUCCAGUACAGGAAGGCGGUGAAGGCCACCCUGGUGCUGCUGCCUCUGUUGGGGAUCACCUACAUGCUGUUCUUCGUUAAUCCUGGAGCAGAGGACCAGGUGGCGCAGAUCGUCUUCAUCUACUUCAACUCCAUCCUGGAGUCCUUCCAGGGGUUUUUUGUUUCAGUAUUUUACUGCUUCCUCAACAGUGAAGUGCGUUCUGCGCUCAGGAAGCGGUAUCUUCGUUGGCAGGACCGGAACUCCUUUCGCAGCCGUGUGGUUCGGCCCACGUCUGUGCCCACGUCACCGAGCAGAGUGUCCUUCCACAGCAUCAAACAGACCUCCGACCUCUGACCUCCAACCUCUGACCUCUGAUCUCCUCCUGAGGUUCUUGAGGUUCUUGAUAGGGAUGCACCGAUUCCGAUAUGAGUAUCGGGUAUCGGCUCCAAUACUCAGUGUGUAUACUCAUAUUCGUACUCGUAAAAGUAAUCCGAUACAAAUGCACCUGUCGUCCACUUCCGU